CAUUAAGUUCUUUUCUUAUGAUUCUACUUUAAAGCUUUCAAUCAUGAUUUCAAAUGUUUGACUGAGAAUUACUGAUCAGUAGAAUACUCUACGUCUUGCUUUACUUAAAUCUAGAGAAUUCGAUGUAUACUUUGCUCUAGUAAGAGCAAAUACGCCAGGUCGGUCGCCACUGAAUGGUUAUAAUAUGUUGUGCUCCACAAUUUGAAUUGAGAAGUUAAUAUAAGUAUUUUACGCAUUUGUAUUGCUCAGUCUUUUGUUAUGUUGCUAAUGACAAACAGAAUUUACUUUACGAAACUAACUUUCUUGUGGAAAAGUUACAUAAAAUUUAGACAUUUCUAUCUUAACUGGAGAAGGAUUGUGAUUAAUUCUUAAUUAGAUUCUAAAACAGAAAGAAUGAAUCAAAUGACCUCGUAUAUUAUAAAGUGAGUGUACUGUUGGCCAACAUGACAAUGGGCGGUUUUCUUCCAUAGAGUUGUAUCUUAACACUGAAGAUGCAGUUCCUUUCUCUGCUGAUGGUGACCAUGCUUCUGCUUCAAGAACUACCAUUUACCGUUUCCCAGGUCGAGAAAGAUCAGUCGAACGAUUGUCAAAAGCGUAAAGUUAAAAGCGAUGCAUCAGUACAAGAUACAAAGAACAAAGGAAGAAACAACAUUGCUACUAGCGAUUACAACAAUAUCGUUCCCUGGAGACCUUUGAGUGACGAAGAAGCGAAAAUCAUGGUAACAAAGAAGGGAGUUUUGAAAAAUCCAGCAAUCAGAUUGGUAACAGUUUCUGGUGACUUGCUCAAGGCUUUAAAGGCCAAAGAAACAGUAAGCUUCAGCCUUCCAGAACAGCGAAAGAAGAUACCAAAUCAUCUAGACCUCUGCCAAGAAGAAGAGGUGAAUAACUAUACCCGAUUGACGCCUCAUGGUAGCCUUGCUUAUCAAAUCAAGGGAGCUAGAUGUUCCAAAGGUAAAGGUGGUAAAAAACUACAACAGUGCGGGAUAGGGUCAUUUCCUUUCGGAAAGUGUGUCGAAAAGAAAAGCGUUGUCGUUAUAAGCGUUUUUAACGCAAAGGGCGGCUCUUUUCAAAAAACGAUUGAGUUUAUUUCCUCAUGUAAAUGUCAAAAGUAUAGAAAUAUCUAGUAUAUGUAUCUUCAGUGUAAGAUAACCAUUUAAAGUUAGCCUGCAUGCCAGUUUUAUCCAAAUCAAAAAAUAAAAUAAAAUAAAA